AACGCGCACUCUUUACUCGUCAAACAAAAUCAAUGGAAGUUAAUACAGUGCAAAAUCUCUGUAAUUACUUGAUUACUUGUGCAAUUAGAAGAUGCCGCAUUUCUGACGAUUUUUGCAGAUUAUCGAUUUCUCUGAAAUCUUCUCCUCAGUCCACUCCGCCUCUUCUUUGGAUCUCAGUUUCUGAUACGGGUGUUGGAAGCACAUUUGAGGAAUUUCUAGGAUUGAAAUUCGCCAAUGAUCCCAUUGUGGCUGAUAAAUGGGGUGGAGUUAUUUGUGUUGCUACCACCAGCAUAUCUGAUAAAGAGAUACAUCACUUCAAAGUUAACCUGAAGGAAACUGAUUCCUCAAGCAGGAUGACAAAACUACAUUCAGCAACAAAGAAUGGCGCACAAUUCAGCGGAACUGAAGUAUCAUUAUCGACGUCUGAAAAUAUUAAUGAUUUACUGAGAGAUAUAACCUUUUUUCUCCGUAAGAUGCUCAUGCUGAAAGCUCCUAAGAUUGCAAUUGAAUUAUUGGUUGAUUCUGGUGGCAAUUUAGGGUCACAGUGUGAAAGUCAUAUACUACAACUUGCAUCCAGUUCUUUACCUUCAUCUGCACCGAAUAUUGACCACCUGAAGUCAGGCUUUGAAGAAUAUGUUUCUAAGCAUGGUAAUAGACUGAAUGAUGUUUGCCACUGUUGCUUCUCAACUGGCUCCAGGGAGUAUCUAAAAGUUGGCAGUGGAGUAGCACGUAGCACUGGAAACCAACGAAGUAAUGGACAAGUGAUGGAAGUCGUGAUUAUUGUUAGCAAAAUACCAGAGACAGCCCAAUCCUCCUGCUUCAGGGCCUAUGAUAAGAAAACAGAGGUACUGUAUUUCAAGGACUACUGUCCUUGUUCAAUUCCGCAAUCAUCUCUGGAUGCGUUAACGAGCAUCAAAUGGCAAGAUUAUGGAUUAACUUUAAGAAGCAUUCAAGAUCAAGAUGGGUGCACAUUAGUAGAAUGGCAGAACUUGCCACCAUGUGCUCACAUUGACAUUGUCCUCCACAGUUACCACAAACAAGUCUUGAUACUGCCUAGCAAAGAAAGCAGCCAAGUUGAUCGAAGUCUUACUAGAAAAGCUGUCAAGCUUGCAUUGAAUGAACUGAAGGAAAAGAAUGGAGGAUUUCUACUCAGUGAACGUGCACUUAAGAUUUGCAAUUAUGCACCCGAUCUUGCCAAAACAAUUGCUGGUCUGAUCUCAUCUUCCAAUGACUUGAGUUUCAAAGGAGAGUGCAUUUCUCUUCUUGGACUGCAGUUUCAAGAAAUCACAAGAAAUGCCGUCGAGGAUUGCAUCAAAGAGAAGAUAAUUUCUGCCAUAGGGUUGAAUGACAGAAAGCCUCAAAGAACCAGAGAAGCUGCAUCUUUUCUUUUUGAUGAUGAAGUAAUCCAGGAACUAGAUCCCCUAGACGAGGAAUAUGAAGAAUGCGAGGAAGAUUUUGGUUCUUGAGUUCUCAGGAGGAGCAGGAAUGUAAGAUCCUGCAAGCUCAAGCCCUGCAGCCAUGAUUGAUGGUAUUGAGAAGGUAUUUUCCUCCGAA